UGGACACUUACACCUCAUAUUUCAGCAUCAAACCCCUCUACCAAAGGGUAGUUGUGUCGGCCUCGUGUAACGAGGAAAAUCCCGACGAAAGAUGGUGGCUCGUUAGAGCAAAGAAUACUACUGACGAAGAAGGAGAAGGAGAAGAAGAGACUUACACGGCUAAGUUUCUUGUGGUUGCAACAGGUGAGAAUGGUGAAGGGUUUAUACCACCUGGGAUUAAUGGGCUGCAUGGUUUUAGUGGGGAGAUAAUGCAUUCUAGCCAGUAUAAAAAUGGCAAAAAGUUUCAAGACAAAUCGGUUCUGGUCGUUGGUUCUGGAAAUUCUGGAAUGGAAAUUGCUUAUGAUUUAUCUGAUCAUGGCGCUCGAACCUCCAUUGUUGUUCGUAAUCCGGUGCAUGUUCUUACCAAAGAAAUGGUACAAUUAGGCAUGACUUUGCUGAAAUUCCUCCCUCUGGAUAUCGUCGAUAAAUUAGUGGUUGCUUUAAGCAUGUGGAAGUUCGGAGACCUUUCUCCAUUCGGGCUGCAGAGGCCCAACAAAGGCCCAUUUUAUACCAAGCGGGCCACACGGAAAUCACCAGUUAUUGACGUUGGAACAUCGAGGAAAAUCAAAACCGGAGAAAUUAAGGUUUUUCCAGCACUAAAAAAAGUGGCUGAAAAUCGUGUUGAAUUUGAGAAUGGGAAGGCAGAGAAGUUCGAGGCCAUCGUAUUUGCUACUGGGUAUCGAAGCACCGUGAGGAAAUGGUUGAUGGGAGAUGAUGAUGGGCUUUUCAACGAGGAUGGAAUGCCAAGAGAGAAACCACCAAACCACUGGAAGGGAAAGAAUGGGAUUUAUAGUGCGGGAUUUGCUGGCGCAGGAUUGGCUGGAAUCUCUAAUGAUGCCCUAAACAUUGCGGAGGACAUUCAACGGCUCUUAAUCACCCAAUUUAAAAUGGGCAAUACUAAAUAAUCAUUGGCGGCAAAUGGGCUCACUCUCAUAUAUAUGCAUUAUUAGGGGUGUCCGUCUAGUUUGAUUUUGUUGGUUUCGAUUUUAUUGGUUCGGUUUUAGUCGGUCGGUUUUGACCGGUUUUGGUUUUUAGUCAUUCGGUUUUGAUCGGUUUUGGUUUUCAGUCAUUCGGUUUUGAUCGGUUUUGGUUUUUAGUCAGUCGGUUUUAGCGACGUUUAAAAUAGAUGAAACCAAGAAUAGGACCGCGAAAACUGACUCAAUUUUGGUCAAUUCGUAUCAUUUUCUAUCGAUUUUAGCCAUUUUUGUUGGUUUAUUUUCGUUUGACCGGAGUUUUAAGCCAAAAGUAUGAACCAUAAACCGAAUAACCGAUGAAUUAGUCACUUUCACUCGAUUUCAAUUUUAUCGAUUUGGUUUUGGUCGGUUUUGGCUGAUUUCGAUUUUGGUCGGUCGAUUUCGGUCAGUUUGGCGUUGGUUUCGUUUUUUCGUUUUUUUGUUCACCCCUAAUGCAUCAUGAUGGAAAGUCACCCUACCAGCAGUUUUUUUUUAUUAUACAACUCCCAGCGUAAGUGGAUGGCUACCCUCCUCCUGCUCACAUGUUUUGGUGGAGUAUUUCAUACCAAUAGUACUAUAUCUAGCCAUCAAAAGAGUGCAUUUUUUGAAUAAGGCAAAUUUUGUAGUGCCUUUAAGGUACCAUAUCUUAUCUAUAUGGACCAAAUGAGAUAAUAUAGUUGAAUUAUUUAAACAUUAGUAACUGAUCAAUUAUUUAAAUGAAAUAUCUAUUACAUUUCAUUUUGUGUGAAUUUGAAAAUGUAUGGCAGCAUCG